AUGCUAAUCGGUCAAGAGCCCGCAUACAGAGCCCGAUUCCCUGCACUUUACAGUGAUUUCCGGUCGCAACGGACCCUCAACCCAGAUGGAUAUCACGCGAACAUUGCUGCCUGGCAAGGGGCACUAUCAUCACUGUGCCUGAGAGGACUACUUUCGAGUCGCGGAUCGAGCUCGAGUUUAUUGAUUCUGAGUGUCGAUGAACUCCUCCCUCACCACUUCGAAAACCAUCGCUUUGGUCAGCCCCUCGCCUUAGGGACUGUAAUACGACAGGCUGUAGCCGACCAUAGAUUCCUCUCAGUUAAUACAUUUUUAUAUCCGCAGGCCGCCACCCUGAGUCGAAAUUUGUCGUCUAUUACUUGGAGCGCCGCACAAUGGACUGCCAGACAACUCGGCAUCAUAGACAGGGUCAAUGGCGAAGAUAGUCUCCCUACUGGGCGGUAUGUUAUUGUGAGCAAUGUCGAGGCGGUUUCCCGAGAAUUCAAGCGGCAAACAGUCGGGAAAUCGUCCCAAUUUGACCGAAUCUUCACCAGACGACAGUUCCAGGCUGUUUACGCCCCAAUACUGGUCGCUGGCCAAUGUCUAUCAGAAGAUGACAUGGAGGUGUUGCUCACCUUCUUGUCCAGGAACAUGCGCGUUAUUGACUACGAUGGCGAGAUAAUACGCAUUCGGCAACCUUCUGACGAACCAAGGAUAAGUCCAGAGGAUGCAGCAGUAGCAUCGAUCAAAGAAUUAACUGCAAAUCUCCGUCACCAAACCAAUGUCCUCAACGACCAAAUCGACUCCCUCAACCGCGAAGUGCGGGCCGCUCUGGAACGUGAGAACCGCAUUGCUGCUCAUGCUUCGUUGAAAUCCAAAAAACUAGCAGAAUCUUUGCUUGCGAAACGAUAUGCAACCUUGCAUCAACUCGAAGACAUAGCUGCCAAGGUUGAGCAGGCAUCAGAUCAAGUACAGCUUGUGAAUGUGAUGAAAUCAUCUGCCAAUGCCCUAAGAAAUCUUAAUAAUCGAGUCGGGGGCAGUGAGACUGUGCAGGAAGUCAUGGGCCACAUCCGAGAGCAAAUAUCUGACGUGGAUGAAGUGGCAGCGAUUUUGGCAGAAUCUACGGGGGAGAUUGUCAACGAAUCGGAGAUUGAUGAGGAACUGGAAGCUUUGGAGACUGAGGCACGCGGAAAGGUGCAAUUGGAAGAAGGGCAAGGGAUUACGCAAGGGGAGGAUCCAACUGCAGAGGGAAUACAGAGUCGAUUGGCAGCUCUAUCCACGCCACCUUCUGAAAUUAUCCCAGAUAAGGGUCAAUCAAAUUCUGAAACGAUUGAGGCACGAGUUGCUGGCUUAUCACUGGAGCACAGUUAA